CUCUGGACCAGGCCAUCUUGUCCCACAGUCAUGGCACCCACGCUGGCCACCGCCCACCGCCGGCGCUGGUGGAUGGCCUUCACUGCCAUCAUCGAGAACCUGCUCUUCUCUGCUGUCCUGCUGGGCUGGGGAUCCCUCCUCAUCAUGCUGAAAGCAGAAGGGUUUUAUUCCUACCUGUGCUAUGAGUCAGAAAACACCACCAGCAGCCCUGAGCAGGAGAACAGCACAGCUUCGGAGCACAAAUGGCCUUCCUGCAACGCCCAGGAUGAGAUGCUGAACUUGGCCUUCACCAUCGGGUCCUUCCUGCUCAGCGCCAUCACGCUGCCCCUGGGCAUCGUCAUGGACAAGUACGGCCCCCGCAAGCUGCGGCUGCUGGGCAGUGCCUGCUUUGCUGUGUCCUGUGUGCUGAUCGCGUACGGUGCCAGCAACCCUGACUCCCUGUCUGUGCUGAUAUUCAUUGCCCUGGCUCUGAAUGGCUUUGGUGGGAUGUGCAUGACCUUCACGUCGCUGACGCUGCCCAACAUGUUUGGUGACCUGCGUUCCACGUUCAUUGCUCUGAUGAUUGGCUCCUAUGCUUCCUCUGCUGUGACUUUUCCAGGAAUCAAGGUUAUAUAUGACUUUGGGGUCUCCUUUAUCCUUAUUCUGCUUGUCUGGGCAAGCUGUGCAGGACUAGUUUUCCUCAACUGUUUCUUCAAUUGGCCACUGGAGCCUUUCCCAGGACCAGAAGACAUGGACUAUUCGGUGAAAAUAAAGUUCAGCUGGCUGGGAUUUGACCACAAAAUCACUGGGAAGCAGUUUUAUAAGCAAGUGACGACCGUGGGGCGGCGUCUCAGCGUGGGGAGCUCCAUGAAGGGCCCCAAGGAGCCAACAGCUUUGCAAGAGAACAACAAGCUGUGUCUGUCUACGGUGGACCUAGAAGUGAAGUGCCAGCCUGACAACACAGCUUCUCCAUCCUUCAUGAAGAGUGUCUUCAGUCCGAUCUUGUUGCUCAGCCUUAUCACCAUGUGUGUCACUCAGCUGAGGCUCAUCUUCUACAUGGGAGCCAUGAAUACCAUCCUGGAGUUUCUGUCUGGAGAUAAAGAUCAAGUGGCUCUCUACACUUCCAUUUUUGGGGUGCUGCAGCUGCUGUGCCUGCUGACAGCCCCAGUGAUCGGGUACAUCAUGGACUGGCGGAUGAAGGAGUGUGAUGAUGGCACGGAGGAGGCGGAGGAGAGCGGCGCUGAGCGAAGUGACAAGAAAAAGAAAAAGCGUGAUCGUCAGAUCCAGAAAAUCACCAAUGCCACCAAUGCCUUUGCAUUCACCAAUGUCCUGCUGGUUGGAUUUGGAGUCACCUGUCUUAUCCCUAACCUCCCGUUGCAGAUUCUUUCCUUCAUUUUGCACACAAUUGUGAGAGGAUUCAUCCACUCAGCUGUGGGAGGCCUCUAUGCAGCUGUAUACCCCUCCACUCAGUUUGGCAGCUUGACAGGGUUGCAGUCGUUGAUCAGUGCCCUCUUUGCCCUCCUGCAGCAGCCUCUCUUCAUGGCAUUGACAGGACCUUUGGAAGGAGACCCUCUCUGGGUGAACGUUGGCUUGCUUGGUGUGAGCUUCCUGGGCUUCUGCCUUCCAAUCUACCUGGUCUGCUACAGACGCAGGCUAGAGAGGGAAAAAAAACAGAAGAUGGAUGAUGCCAAACUUUUCCUCAAAAUUAAUGGCACUCCCAAUGAGGAAGCCUUUGUUUAAACUGGUGCUUCAAGUAGAACCUCCCCUGUACAGGUUCCUACCACAUCCGUGGGUUCUACCUGUGGUAUAAGCCAGGCUUUUUCUCUCCUGGCUCUGCCGUCUUUGCUUCUCACUGGAGUGAGGGCUGGACAUCAUGACUGAGCUUUCCUCAGAUGGAUGGCAGGAGGAGACUUCCCACUCCUCACUCCAGAACACAGGACACUUUUCUUUUAUAAA